GCAGGGCAAGGUGCAGAGAGUGCCGCCGAAAUCUAAAUAAAUAAUCAAUGCGCUUAUUUGAUUUAGUUAUCUAGAAGUGUUAAGAUGAUUCAAUGACAACUAAAAAAAUUAUUCAACCCCAUUGUACUGUACGUGCGGGUAGUAUCACUUACGUGACUCUUAUCGGACGAAAACCCUACCCUGACGGCAUUGAAAUCAUGAGAAUAGAGUAACUGGGAGUAACUCAGCACAGUACGAAACGAGAAUCGAUCAUCACCACCAUGUACCAAACACGAACAAACGGAACGAACUCGCUCGUACGGUGACAUCGUUUGGAAACUACCUGAAACGGCUGAAAGCGCGAGGGCGCGAGUAUCAAAGAUAUUGGAAGUUAGUUUUCGCAAAAUUUUGCUGUGGUGACAUAUGUUCGGUUAGCUUUGCAGUGACUCGUUGUAAACGCUUGUCAAACGGAAGCAGCAUGCUUCGUGGUACCAAACGCAAACGCGGUAAAGCGAAGGCAAGUGUCGAAAAACCCCCUUGCAAGUACGGCGCAAAAUGUUACCGCAAAAACGCUGACCACCUGAAGAACUUCAGACACGUCGUUGCAGAGGCCGUCGAAACUAAAAAUGAUGCCGCCGAAUGCUCUGGCGAAGAGGAUACCGAGUUUCAGUCGGAGCAAGGUGAAUCAAGUCCGGGUACAAGACACGAGGAGAAGCAAAAAGUCGACGACAGUCUCGAAGUCACCGGAACCGAUGUGGCGUCGGCUCCGGACGAUUCGGGCAGCCAGACGGCUGGGGACGAAUCGGACGCCGAGGAGAUGCCAGAGUCGCCUGAGGACGUCCGAGAGUCCAUCAAGCAAAAAUUCCUGGUCGAAAUGCCCCGGGAUUUCUACGACUUCUGGGAGUUCUGCAAGUCCCUCAACAAGCACAAGCCCGAAGACGCCCUGUACGACACGCUGGGGCUCCGCCUGGUGGGUCCUUUCGACGUCCUGGCCCGAAAGCUGACAAACAGCUCCGUGAAGAAGCCCGACGACUUCCUGCGUCACUGGCGGUACUACUACGACCCGCCCGAGAUGCAGACAGUCGUCAGAGGAGACGACGAAACGAUGUACCACCUCGGCUACUUCAGGGACGACCCAAACGAGAUGCCCGUCUUCGUGGCCUCCAACGCUGUGGCAGACGGCUGCCAAAUCACCAAAGUGGCCGGGAACCUGUUUGGAGCACUCCGGAAGGAGAUCUCCAAGGCGCUGAAGGACUGCACAGACACGAAGGCACGCUCUGCGCUGCGGAAGCUGAACGGGGCACUGGUCGAGUUUGCCGAGGAGAAGCGGCACUCCAUCACGGAGGCGUCCAAGAAGCGGCCGGCGCCGCAGAGUGCCACCUUCCACCGCGCUGGACUCGUGGUGCCGGUCGACAAGCGCACCGACGUGGGCUACCGCCCGCUUCCCAUGUCCGAGCGCCAGCUGAAGUUUAUGCUGACCCAAAUCUCGAAGUGCAAGGAAAACGACGCAGAAAACAUGCUCUCGGACGAUCUGCAGAACCUUGUGACACGCGUCAACAUCGCCAACGAUGAAUGCGACUACGGAAUGGGCCUCGAGUUCGGCAUUGACCUCUUCUGCUUCGGCGACCCCAGGUUCCACCCGACGAUCUUGAUGCAGACGACGCUCGCCUACCAGCUGCUGAACCGCGAAGCCUUUGCCCGGAUCCUCAAGGCGCACCUUCGGCGAAGGCUGAAGACCGCCGAUCUGAGUGUCCUCUCGAGCCGAGGUGGUCGAACCCCGUAAUAUAAGUCCUGUUGGCCGAUCCGUGCAGCGGCGUGAGUGGAUGAGCUGCUAACAAUGGACCCCGCACGUAGAGCUGGAUCUUAGCAAUUGGUUUUACCUCGCACAAUCUCGAAGCUUCGUUUUUGUGGUAAAAAAUUGGAGCGACGUCCGUGGCAAGGGUGUCGCUCUAAAAGCAUUCCCUGUGCGCGGGUGCUUUUUUAUUUUUUGUUAGCUCCUCCAUUUACGCCGCCCCUCUGUUUAUGGUACCCUAUACGUGAGUAAAAAUUAUCAUGUUGUAGUG